CCUGAGGGCCGGGUCCGCUCGGGUCCCGGCGGAGCGGCCGCCAUGGGGCUGGGAUCCAGUUCCGAGGGCCCCGGCGGCGGCGCCGAGGGUUUCCACGUGCACGGGGUUCAAGAGAACUCCCCAGCCCAACAAGGAGGACUGGAACCUUUCUUUGAUUUCAUCAUUGCCAUAGGACACACGAGGCUUAACAAGGAAAACAAUAUGUUGAAAGACCUGCUGAAGGCAAAUGCUGAGAAAGCAGUGAAGCUGGAGGUGUAUAACAUCAAAACGAUGAAAAUUCGAGAGGUGGAAGUGAUCCCCAGUAACAUGUGGGGAGGACAAGGCCUCCUUGGAGCCAGUGUGAGGUUCUGCAGCUUCCAGGGAGCCAAUGAACAUGUCUGGCAUGUUCUGGAUGUGGAGCCUUCAUCUCCUGCAGCCCUGGCUGGUCUCCAGCCAUAUACUGACUACGUGGUUGGAUCUGAUCAGAUUCUCCAGGAGUCAGAGGAUUUCUUUUCCCUGAUUGAAUCCCACGAGGGGAAGCCGCUGAAGCUGAUGGUUUACAACACUGAAGCAGAUUCCAUCCGAGAGGUAGUUGUGACUCCCAAUGGAGCUUGGGGUGGAGAAGGAAGUUUAGGAUGUGGUAUUGGAUAUGGCUAUUUGCACAGAAUUCCAACACAGUCCAUGACAACAAAGAAAAAGCCAGAAAGCAAGUCACCUUCACCCUCACCAGAAGCUAGAACUCCCAUGCUAUCCACUAAUGGUUACACAGAGACUCCAUUGUUGGCACCUACUUCUCAAAAUGACAGUUCUGAAACAGUUAUGAACUUGGAUCAUUCCACAGAGCAAGAAAUGAGUGGUUACUCACCAGAAAGCUCCCUUUCUCCUCCUCCCCCUCUCCAGAGAGUUAUGGAUCCAGGAUUUAUAGAUAUGUCUGGAAUUUCAGUUUCUGAGUUCACAAGCUUAACAGAAGUGUCCAAUCUGUCCCCAUCUGCCUCCUUCAACAUGCCAGCAGCAGGGGCUUCUGUAGGCUCUGAAACAUUAAUGCCAAAUAGUCAAACCUCUGCUUAUUUUGAAAAUGCCUCAACUUUGGACCCUGAAGAUUUAACACCAUAUCCUGAAGGACCAGGCAAGCAGCCCACACUGGAUGACCUCCUGCCUUCAAUUCCAUCUUUACCUUCUCUUGAUCUCCCUCAAGACAUUUCUUCAAAAACAACACUAGGAACUGAUGCUGACAACCAGGAAUCCAAGCUGCUUAUGAACAGCACUGAGAGUUCAUUAACCACUGCUCCCGAGACACCAGAGCAUGAAGCAGCAAGUGAGCAGAAAGGAGAAGCAGCUGCACAGGAUCCUGAGUGAAAUGGAUCCUGCUGCUGUUUACAGACUGCUGAAUGCUGCAGUGCUACAGUUUGGAAUAUUUUUCUGAUCUUGAAAGAAUUACAGUUACUCUAUUUUGUUAGUGUAAACAAUACUAGAAAAGAAAUCACAUGAAGUACAUAUCCUGUUGUCUUUUUCAAUCACUGUUUAAUGGAUUGGUCUGUGUUCAGAAUUUGAAUGCUGUCCAAAAUCACCCAAUCAGUAGAGAAAGUGAUGCAGAAACAAGUUGGACACUGGCAGAACAUCAAGUUCUGGGAUUCACGUUUGCCUACAAGUGCUCCUGAAUGUAUAUGCAAAGGUGCUGUGCCUGAACAGUGACACGUAGCGGUGAUUUUUAUCAGUAUGUCUGAUGGCAUUAAAAAAAAAUAAUUCUAGUUUUGAUUUGUUAGAAAGCUUUUCUAAUGGUACCUCGUGGUUAGACAGUUCUUGUGACAAGCAAGGCAUUUCUUACACUAAGCUACUUUUACUCACUACUCUGGUACUCCUACUAGACUGUUAUUUUUCUUGUUUAAUUCCCUUCUCUGCAACAGUCAUUUGUGUACAUUCUUUAUACCUACCUGGGCAGGAAAGAAAUACAAUGGAGUUGGAAACUGUAGCCCCAAAUGGGACAAAGCCAGAGUGGUGGGUCCUGUCAUUCACUUCUGCUCUUGAGUGGACCAGGUGCUGGCCUUGCAGUUCAAUAAACACUGAGGGGGGAGGGGAUGAUGGUGGUUACUUGAAACAAAUGGAAGAUGAUUUUAAAGUAGGGGUGAUGAAUCUUUUUGGUGAAGAUUGAAUGUCUUUGCUUCUGUAGUGGCUGAGAAAUAGCUUUCCUUUGCUUGUGCUUUUCUACUUACUCACUACUAUUUUUAUACAAAUUGUUGUAUGUCUAAGACAUGGGGCUGUUGUGCAGCACCAUCAAUUGGUUUUGUAGCUUUUUUCUUUUCAUUUGUCUCCUAAUCAGUUGUGAAUGUAAUGGCAAGCAUAUCAUAAACAGUGGAAGACAUGGAUGGUUUGAUAAUUCUCAGGGCAGUGAUUUAUCAUGGGAUUUCAAAGCUGCUGCUAGGUGAUAAUACAGAUAACUGCAAUGAAAAUCCUUUGUAAAUUAAGAGAAUGGCAUACAAGGCUGGCAUGUGUUCAGACAAUAAACUAAAGUACACUUACUUAGCACAAUAUUGCCUGAUGUCUUUUGCCCUACCCUGGCUCCUACUCUGUUUCUGCAGUGUGCAGGUCAGUGAGUGACAGCUGAGUGGGCUGAAAUCUGGUUCUGAUGCAGGGGGGGACUCGGGGUCCCCCAGCUUUGCCUGUGACAGCUCAGCUUCAGCUAAAGUCACAGCACAUGAAAGCUUUAGAUGAGUCCACCCUGACAAAAAAAAAAAAGCGUGUCCUUGAUCUGGUGUUAAUCUGAAAUACUGCAAGUACAGUAGUUAUGAAUGGGAUUGUCACAGUACCUGUUGCUUUAAAGAAUGUCUUAAGCUCUAACUAAAGGCAAUAGAAUUGAGAGUGGAUUCUAUUCUGCUAAAGGGUCUGUUAAUUUUGAGCCAAUUUUACUUCCUAUGUUACUGAAAUCAAUUCCCUAUUUUGUCUGUUAAAAGGGCAAACAGCCAAACACUCAAAAUAAAUGUAAUUUAAACUAUUCCUAUGUUUGUUUGAUCUUGGAGCCUGAUGCCAGAAGACACCUAGGUGGUGUUUUAUUCAUGUUGUUUAUUUAGAAUUGUUUCUAGUCCUUUACCUUUCUCAAAGACAGCCAUGAGAGGAUAAUAGCUCAUUUAAGUGACUC